AUGCUGGAGACAGCUCGAGAGCUCACAUUAGAGGCUGCCCAGUCCGCUGCUAUCAAUCGGACCUCAAGCACGGACUAUACUUCGCGAACAUACAGCCCUGCACACAUCAAGAAGCUGCUUGAUAGUCGCCAUGAGCGGGAAGUCCUGGAUGGAAUGCGGAGGGUCAUCUCGUUGAUGUAUCGAUCCGAACCCUCCCUUACUUUCUUUUCCGCAGUUGUCAAGAAUGUGGCCAGCGCCAACCUCGAAGUCAAGAAAUUGGUUUACAUCUACUUGGUCCAUCAUGCGGAGGCGGAGCCAGAUCUGGCGCUACUAUCCAUCAACGCGAUCCAGAAAUCGCUAACCGAUUCAAGCCCUCAGGUUCGGACAAUGGCACUUCGGACUAUGUCGGGAAUCCGGGUUCCGGUGAUUAGCCAGAUUGUCUCGCUGGCUAUCAAGAGAGGAUGUGGAGAUCUGAGUCCACAUGUGCGCAAAGCGGCCGCUUUGGCUAUUCCGAAAUGCUAUCGUCUAGACCCAAACACACUGCCACAAUUGAUGGGGUAUCUUGAAACACUUUUGGGUGAUUCGCAAUAUUUCGUCGUCGGCCCCGCUGUCGCGGCAUUCUUGGAUCUGUGUCCAGAUGAGAUUGACCUAAUCCACAAGAACUAUCGCGGUUUAGUCAAGAAGCUGGUUGAUAUGGAUGAAUGGAGCCAGCUAGCAACCUUGCGCCUGUUGACAUAUUAUGCGCGAAAAUGUUUCCCUCGCCGAACUCAGAAGGUUAAGCGCACAGCCCCGGAGGCAUUCUACGAUGAUGAAAAGCAGCAACAGGCAACAAAUGAUGAUGUCGAAGAGUAUGAAGUUCCGGUAAUGGACCCUGAUCUUGAGCUAUUACUCCGAGCCUGUAAGGUUCUGCUGCAGAGCCGAAACUCCGCUGUCAUUGUCAGUGUUGUCCGCUGUUUCCUUUACCUUGCUCCAUCAGAAUAUAUUGCGUCAGCGGCUGGUCCACUAGUGGCUCUUUUACGAAGCCCGCAGGACAUGCAACUUAUCGCUUUGUACAAUAUUGUCGCCGUUGCUCUAAGAGCUCCCAAGCCCUUUGCGAAAUACACGGCCCAUUUCCUUGUUCAUGCCAACGAUCCGCCACAUAUCUGGCGCCUCAAACUGGAGGUUCUAACUAUCCUUUUUCCGCAUUGUGGAAAACACUGGAAGGGCGUUAUAAUCAGCGAAUUAGAGCACUUCUCUAAAGGCACAGACCCAGAGCUGGUACGAGAGAGUGUACGAGCUAUUGGGCGUUGUGCGCAAGGGGACACAAGCACUGCAGGCAUGUGUCUGCAUAUUCUUCUCGGCCAAAUAUCUAGUCCAGACGGAAACCUCGUGUCAGAGGCACUGACUGUCAUUCGUCACUUGAUCCAACAAGAUCCAGCCUCACAUACAAAGACCGUUCUCCAGCUAGUCAAGCACCUGGGUUCAACAACCCACCCAGAUGCACGAGCCACCAUUAUCUGGCUGGUUGGCGAGUUCGCUGGAAUCGACCCAGAGAACAAUAUCGCGCCUGAUGUCCUCCGCGUCCUGAUCAAAGGAUUCGCAGAUGAGAUGGAAAUCGUCAAGCAGCAGAUUGUUCUCCUCGGUGCUAAGGUGUAUUUACAUCAUCUCUUACAGAAUCCACCAAAGGAACAGUCGGAGCAACUCCCAUCGGUAUCAUUCCCCGAAGCUGAAGCCCCCGCCAAACCCCAGCAGGAUUUCCACAACGAAUGGAAUGACCAUGGGAACGAUGAGCCGAAAGACGCCGAGCGGAAUGAAGAAGGAGAGGAGAGCCAUCAAGAAAAUGACGGUGCUCAAACGAAGCAAACAGAAGAAGCAACCGAAGACCGUAUCACGUUAUUAUGGCGGUAUAUCCUCCUUCUCGCACGCUACGACAUCUCCUACGACCUACGUGAUCGGGCACGUCUCUAUAAGAACCUCUUGGAAACGCCGUCUUCCACCCAACUUGCCAACCUCCUUCUCCUAGCACCAAAGCCAGUACCCCACGCCCCCAGCCCAUCUGAGACGCGCAAGGACCUGCUCAUCGGCUCUGCCACUCUUGUCGUCGGCUCUGAUGCUGGUCACCAUGGACUUAGAGGCUACACAAAUCUCCCAGACUGGGUUGAGCCAGGCCAAGAACCUGAUCCCAGCCUCCGUACCGAAGAUGUGAAACCUGACACAUCCAGCAACGCCGCCUCCAUGACUGCAGGUGACCGUCUUGAUAGAGCACUUCGUGAACAUAAACCCACUUCUGUUCCAAUCCGGGGUCCGGCUGUGCCUGUAGACCCGACUGGCAAGAAGACUCUUGAUCAGUGGCUAGAAGAAGAAGAGGAGGAGGAAACCGAGACAGAGACAGAGUCUGAAACGGAUUCUGAGGAAGGCGAAACUGAUUCGGAGGAAGAGGAGACAGACUCGGAAGAAGAGUCUGGCUCGGAGGAAGAUGAGUCUGAAGCAGAGACUGAUUCGGAAACCGAAGCUGUGAAUAAAGAAGCACAGACGUUGCUUCAUUGA